AUGCCAGUGACAAGAUCGCGCAGCGGAGGUUCAAGAGUCGGAGCCACGGAGAGUACAUCGGAGUACACCAUGUCGACUGCCGUUGCGGACGAACAAGGGACUAGUCAGACGGAGACGACGGCGUCGCAGCGCACCGUGCCAGUGCAGCGCGCCGCUCCGGGGCAGGGCGAGCGCACGCAGGCGCCCCCGCCACACACAUCCGCGCAGCCGCCGCUGGCUGAGCAGCAGAGAAGAGCUGCCCAGCGGCCGCUGUCAACAUUGGGGCCGGCGCAGCCGCCGCUGAGGACAGAACAGCGGCCGCCGCAGCCGGCAACGGGAGCCGGAGAGCCAACGCUGCAGGAGCAGCGUCGCCAGGCUGAGCUACGGACCCGGCCAGUAUCGUCGCCCGAGUCGCCGCCCCCUGCGGAGCAGGGGCCGACGCGGCUCGAGCGCCCCGCGGCGCCAGCGAGAUCAACAGCAGCGCCGCCGAGAUCGACGGCAACGACGAAGAAUUCGAAGCGCACCCGCAAGUUAAUGGAAGCCAGGGAGGAGCUACUGCGACUGCAAGUGAAGCUUGCGGCCGCCAAGGUGGCCGCCCUGGAAGCAGACAGCGACUCAGAAGAGGACGUGGACACGGUGAUGGAGGAAGCGGACCACAACGCACGGGUGAACAACUGGUUGGAUACCAGUGUGCCGCCCAUGCCCAUCGCCACCGAGCCGCCCCUGGCCAUCGCCAGCGAGCCGCACAGAGCGCCGGAGCCACCGCCACCGCUGGGGGACAUAGAAGAUAGAAGGCCUCAAGCCAUAGAAGUCCCUCGGGCACCGGCGGGAGCCGGCGCGCCCGCGCCGCUCCACCACCAAGUAGACCUGUCGGAGCUGGCCAGCGCCAUAGCGCAGGCCGCCCGCUCCGGACAGCACAACAACAACAGCAAGAUGUUCGCAGAGCUGCCAUACUUCGGGGGGUCGCAUCACGAGUGGCUUUCAUUCAAGGCCGCGUACUUCGAGACGCAGAGCGGGUUCACGGACUUGGAGAACCUCACCCGCCUGCGCAGAAGCCUCAAGUCGAGAGCAAGAGAAGCCGUCGAGAGUUUGUUGAUAUACAACUCUAACCCACGCGACGUGAUGAAGAUUUUGGAGGCAAGAUUCGGGAGGCCGGACGCCAUAGCUGUCGCAGAAAUGGAAAAAAUUAGAAGCUUGCCGCGCCUCGCCGACAGCCCACGUGACUUGUGCAUAUUUGCGAGCAGGGUCACGAACAUAGUCGCCACACUGAAGACCAUCGGGAAGCAGCGGUACCUACUCAACCCCGAGAUAGCGAAGUUAACAAUGGAGAAGCUGCCGCCUGCCAUGAAGUACCGGUGGUACGACUUCGCCGCAGGACAGCCCACCGACGAGGCCGACAUUGAAAAGUUGGCGCGCUUCCUGAACCACGAAGCGGAGAUCUGCGGUCCGUACGCGCAGCCGGAAGGGGUUUCGGAGCCGGCGGCGAAUCGCAGAAACCACAAAACGUUCAACGCCCAACAGUCCGAGGCAGUGAAUAGUGAACGUUAUAACAGUGAAAGUGAACGGCAAUAUAGUGAACGCCAGAACAGUGAGCGGCGAAAUAGUGAAAGACAGAACAGUGAGCGGCAAAAUAGUGAUCGUGAAAAUAGUGAAAUAAACAGAAAGUGCGUUUUGUGCAGUGCUACGGGACACAGUGUCGCGGGAUGUGCAAAGUGGAGAGACUCGAACACAUCGCAGCGCUGGGACUUAGCGAAAGAAAAGCGAUUGUGUUUUCGGUGUUUACGAUUCCGCGCGCGUGGACAUAACUGCAAAGUGAUCAAGUGCAACAUAGAAGGGUGUGAAAAUGUGCAUCAUAGAACGCUCCACUACUCCAAGAGGAGUGAGGAGCCGAGUGAAGUGGUAGGUUCGACGUGGACAGGGAAGGGCACGCAAGCCUUCCUGAAAAUAGUGCCUGUGCAGAUACGCGGCCCGCGCAAGAGAAUAGAUACGCACGCACUACUCGACGACGGGUCUACGGUGACACUUAUUGACGAAGAUCUCGCGCAGCAAGCCGGCCUGCGCGGACCGCGGGAACCUCUACACAUCGAGGCCAUCGGGAGUGCGCGGGUGGACACCUCCGCGUCCCGGAGGCUCAACAUCACGCUGAACCGGUCCGGGCAGGGCAAGCAGCACCGCAUACGAGCACGCACCAUCCAGAAUCUUAAGCUGUCGCCGCAAAGUGUCAAACUCGAAGACAUAGUGAGAUGUGAACAUCUAAGUGAUAUUCAAGAAAGUGUAGUGCUACAUAGUGCGCGGCCGCAAAUAUUGAUCGGCCAGGACAACUGGCACUUACUCGUCGCACAGGAGCAGAGAAUCGGUAAGCGACACCAACCUAUCGCUUCGCUUACACCGCUCGGCUGGGUGCUACACGGCGCGUGCAGUCGCACCGUCGGGCACAGAGUGCAUUUUACACAAGAGAUUGAGAGCGAGGAACGCCUCAACAUGGACCUCAAGCACUUCUUCUCGUUGGAGGCCUUGACGAUUGCCCCUAAGCUGCCUCACAACGACCCCGAAGCCCGAGCACUGAAAAUACUGAAAGAAAAAACCACACGGUUAAUGGACGGACGCUUCCAAACCGGGUUAUUAUGGAAAAACGAAGAUAUCAAGAUGCCUGAGAAUAGAGACUACGCCCUCAGGAGGCUGGAGGCCACCGAGAAGAAAAUAGAAAAGGACCCAGAGGUCAAGGGCAAGGUCAUCGAGCAGAUGGAGGCCCUGGUGGAGAAGGGAUACGCAGAACUCGCGCCCGUCAAUAGCGACAGUGACAAGAGAUGGUACCUGCCCUGCUUCCCGGUCUUCAAUCCUCAGAAGCCGGGAAAGAUCAGGAUGGUGCACGACGCGGCGGCGAAAACGAAGGGUAUGGCGCUCAACGACGCACUUCUCACCGGGCCCGACCUCCUGCAAUCCCUACCCGGUGUGCUGAUGAAGAUGCGUCAGCACCGGGUAGCGGUGUCUGCGGACAUUGCAGAAAUGUUUCUUCAGGUCAAGAUCAUCCCAGAGGACCGGGACGCUCUACGGUACCUCUGGCGGGGGUGCGACAGGACAGCUCCACCCCAAGAAUAUAGAAUGACCUCGUUAAUCUUCGGGGCCACAUCCUCACCGGCUACCGCUAUUUACGUAAAAAACAGAAACGCAGAAGAGUUCGAAGCGCAAUAUCCAAAGGCCGCGGCAGCUGUAAGAGACAACCACUAUAUGGACGACUACAUCCAGAGCUUCGAGAACGAAGAGUCAGCCAUCGAGAUCGCCGCCCAAGUACGCGACAUCCAUCGCCGUGCGCACUUCCAUCUGCGCAAGUGGAUCUCCAACUCGCCACGGGUGCUGCAGGAGCUGGAAGAGGAACAGGCGCUCGAGGAGCGCUCCCUGGGCCCCAAGAACGAAAAGGUCCUAGGAAUGAUAUGGAAGACAUCAUCUGACGCGUUGAAGUACAACUUGGACCUGAGCCGACUUCCCGACGACAUCCUGCUCCGGAAGCCCACCAAGAGGCAGGCCCUCCAGGUGGUCAUGUCCCUAUUCGACCCCCUGGGCCUCGUGUCGCCGGUGACAGUCCAGGCGAAGCAAAUACUUCAAGAGAUUUGGAGGCGGAGCACCGCGUGGGACGAGCAUCUACAGGAUGACCUGGCGGAGAGGUGGGCCAAAUGGGUCCAGCAAUUGGAAGCCCUCCGUGCCAUCGAGAUACCCCGGUGCUACCCUCACUUCACUCAAGGCGACAAUCUGCAAUUACACGUAUUCGUCGACGCCAGCGAGACCGCCUACGCCGCCGCCCUCUACUGGCGGGUGGAAGACAACGACGGGCGGGCGCACACGACACUGGUCCUGGCUAAGAGCCGGGUCGCGCCGCUGAAGACCACCUCGAUUCCCCGCCUGGAGCUGCAGGCCGCAGUUAUGGGUACGCGGAUGGCGAGCUGCGUCCUAGAAGAACACGACCGAAAGCCGACAACAAGGACGUUCUGGACGGACAGCCGAACGGUCCUCACGUGGCUACGAACGGGCGCACGGUCCUACAAACCGUUUGUGGCGCACCGUAUAGCAGAGAUUGAAGAGAACACCAAGAUAGAGGAAUGGCGCUGGGUGCCCACCAAGAUGAACGUCGCGGACGACGGAACGCGCGACGUGCCCAGGGACUUCGACAGUGAGCAUCGAUGGUACAACGGGCCCAGUUUUCUGCGGGACGACCCAGCGACCUGGCCAACCGAAGAAAGGAAAAUUCAGCAAGACACCGGGGAGGAAAGAGCAAAUUUGAUAGACAGGAGAGCCACAAAGCUGCUAGAAGUGAUCCCGCAGUGCGACCGGUUCUCCAGGUGGGAGAGGUUUGUGCGAACCACCGCUCGCGUCCUGCAAUUUGUUGACAGAUGCAGGCCGACAAUGAAGCAGGCUGCUUACGCACGGACGCGGGCCAACAAGGUGGCAGACCCCACCUGGAGGAAGCCGCAGUCACGAGACACCAGAGGGCGCGGUCACAAGAAGGAAGUACAGCAGACUGAAGACAAGUUCGUGGCCCUCCCGGCAGAGCUCCUCAUCCGGGCUGAAGAUUUAAUAGUGCGCGCGUGCCAGGAAGACAGUUUCAGGGAAGAGAUCCACUGUCUGUCCCAGCAUCGACGCGUCAAUCGAGAUAGCAAGUUAUUCAAGAUCGCAGUGGAGUUGGUUGACGGGUUAUUGACCAUCAAAACCCGUAUAGCUGCAGCCGAAGACGUCCCGGAGGCGGUAAAGCGGCCGCCUGUCCUAGACGGCCGUCACCACAUCGCGAGGCUGUACAUCGGGCACGUGCAUCGCAGCGGUCACCACCAGGGUGUGGAGGCCACCAUCAACGAGUGCCGGCAGAGGUUCCACAUCCUGGGACUUCGGCCGACGGCACGCAGCAUCGUGCACCAGUGCACGCCGUGCCGCCGACGACGGUGGGUGCCGCCUGCGCCCCCGACCGGGGACCAUCCCGCCGGUCGGCUCGCGCACCAUCAGCGCGCCUUCACCUUCACGGGCGUCGACUACUUCGGGCCGCUGCUCACCACCGUGGGGAGAGCCACCAAGAAGACCUACGUGGCCCUGUUCACGUGUCUCACGACGCGUGCGGUCCACCUUGAGAUGGCGGCAUCACUCACCACCGACUCCGCGGUGAUGGCACUGCGGCGGUUCGUCGCGAGACGAGGCUGUCCCAGAACCAUCUGGUCCGACAACGGGACCAACCUCCACGGCGCCGAGAGAGAGCUCCGGCGCGCCAUCGACAACGCAACAGAAGAGGAAGCGGCCAAGCGGAGGAUAACCUGGCGCUUCAUCCCUCCCGGCGCUCCUUUCAUGGGCGGAGCGUGGGAGCGCUUAGUGAGGUCCGUCAAGACGGCCCUGUCGGCCGUGAUGGACAGCCGACCGACCAGCGAGGAGACCCUCGCCACCCUGCUCGCCGAGGUUGAGAUGACGGUGAACAGCCGUCCGCUCACCCACGUCUCUGUCGACCCGCAAGACCCGGAGACGCUGACCCCCAACCACUUCCUGCUGUUGGGGCCAGCCCACGCACCACCGGCGGGAGAGACCUCCCCGCAAGACCUCCUGGGCAAGGCGAGUUGGCGGACGGCGCAGCGCCUCGCCGACAUGUUUUGGGCGAGAUGGCUUCGAGAGUACCUGCCCGAGCUCCAGCACCGGCGGGAGCCCCAUGGGAAGGGCCCCGCAGUCCAGCUGGGUGACGUCGUCCUGAUCGCCGACAACACGCUGCCUCGCAACACCUGGCCGCUGGGGAGAAUCGUGGCUACGUACCCCGGCCCCGAUGACAUCGUGCGAGCAGUGGACGUGCAGACCAAGGGCGGCAUACUACGGCGACCUACGAAGAAGCUGGUGGUGCUGCAGUCGACGGCAGAGCCUGCGAACGUUCUUCCCACGGAGUGA